UUGCCUGAGACAAGCCUCCCCCUGCAUGUGUGAAAGCUACUUGGGUGAAUGCCUGGACCGUACCAAGUGCAAGCAAAACGGAAGGGGGGACAGGAGCAAGAAAAACAGAUCAGACUGGAGACAAUAGGCCCCUGAAGUGUUCCCCCCGAGCCGCUUUGAUGUUGUCCUAGCGUCUAGAUGCUGAAGGGGACCGAGGACUGCGGCGAAGAGGAGCCCUUUGUGUGGAUGUGUGUAGGCCAAUUCUCAAGAACAGCUCCCCUUCUCUGAUGACAGCUUUGGGCCUAUGAAGUGACAUGGAAAAGUACCAGCCCCCCCGUUAUCUCUACUGGUCUAAGACUCUACCUCAAUCCUUAGCCAUUAUAGACACAGCAAAUAACUGUUAUCCGAUCAGUGAUGGUCAAUAUUCAAACAAGGCAUCAAACAUCUCAAAUCAACAGGGCCGAUCUAGGAUCGGUGUCGAUUGUGUUUUUACUGAAAUUCACAAUUUUAUGUAUUGUGGAUGCUGAUCCUAGGUCAACCAAUCAGACAUGUACACGGAUCCAGAUUGACUCCCUGAUCUGUCAUAUAGUGAAGGUGGCAUAUAUAAAGAUAUAUAGGUGUUGAGACGUAGGCAAGGUCAAAGCAAGGUAGUGCUUACAAAGAGGUGAAGGUGCGUGAGAGCAGAAUUUAGGGAUUUGUGGGGAUCGAGAGCUGGUGUUUGUGCAGCACUGGAGCGGUCAAUAGAUAUCAGACUCAGGUUCGUCUGUGGACGUUGUGAUCACCUCCUGAGAGAGAGCCUGUGGUCUUCAGCACUCUGAGCGAACCCGGUGCCCACGCCCAUACUGGUGUCACCAGCAGGAGGAGAGGCGUGCCUGCACCAGCACACUAAAAGGGGAUCUACAGGCAGCCUCUUCAGAUGAGGAGGAGCCGGAGAUUCUGAGACCUCAGGGUCAUCCAAGAUCGUAGCGUGCCGUCCUGUUGCAGAGCAGAGGUCAUGGCCACGGCUAUAUCGUGACACGCAGGGACAUGUGUGGCCAGGGGCUGUGAGGGCUCCGCGGGGGGACUCCAGGCGCACCCGCACGGAGAAUGCUGGAGGUGCAGGAGGAGCGAGGAGCAGCAGCCGCAGUAGCAGCAGGAGCAGCGACGGGAACGGGAACGGCCAGCGGAGCGCCGGCCAGCGCCACGGGUCGCAAGGACCGGGCCAAAGAACGGCCGGAGGAGGGCCAGGACUGCAGUGGCCCCGCCGGGCCCCGCGGCGCCCGUGCCAAAGCCACGCCCGCUGGGCCGCCGCCGCCGUCGGCGUCAUCCGCGCACUCGCACGCCCACGUGCACCCGCACGCACCCGGUCCUCACCAGCACACCACUGCUUCAGCCACGGUUGCUCUGGGACUGUCGUCAAUGCAUUCCAGCAACCCCAAAGUCAGAAACUCUCCGUCGGCUAACACUCAGAGCAGUCCAAAAUCUAAGCAGGAGGCCAUGGUGCGCUCGCCGCCUGUGAUGUCUCCCUCCAGCGCUGCCCAGAUGGACUCGAAACUGCCCAAUCAGGGCAAACAAGGGGGUGCCGGCAGCCAAUCGCAGCCCUCCCCCUGCGAUCCUAAGCCGAUGAGCGGAGGCCACACUCCCAAGGGCGCUCAGGGGAGCAUGGGACUCAAAAACGGACAGAGCCUGAACUCGGGCAACGGGGCUAAAAGCAAGAUCAAGAGAGAGAGGAGCACUUCUGUGGAGUCUUUCGAGCAGAAGGACACAGGGACGCCCAACAACGAGGGGGACCAGAAAGAGCUGGGCAGCAGGGUUAAGAGGAUAUGCGUAGCUGAACGGCGGCAGCCCUACAGCGGAGCUGACUGGUGUUCAGGGGGGGAGAGUGACGAGGAUGACCCCGGCUUCUUCAACUGCAACUCCAGUGACAUAAAGCCAGAUCCAAGCACCCUGGCAGCUUCCACACCUACCCACAACGCUGUUGGACAGAACACAGCAUCGGAUUUGGGAAGCAAUCAGAAAUCUGGGUCAAAAGUUGUUUACGUCUUCACCACAGAGAUGGCAAACAAGGCAGCGGAAGCAGUGAUAACGGGCCAUGUCGACAACAUUAUUGCUUAUCACAUGAACAAUAUCUCCAACAGCAAGGGCGGAAAGCCUCAGCUCCCCCUGAACAAUCAGCUCGGACCCCAUCGGAACGACUCCAAACAGCAGGGGGCGCCGUCCCAGCAACAGCCAUCAUCUCACCCCUCCGAACAGAACCACCAAGCAGCCUCCAAAGCACCGCAGCCAGGCCAGCCUCAGCAGCAACCUCCGGUGCAGCCAGCCCCAGGGGCAAAACCAUCCAGCCUUCCCCAGGAUGGCCCACCUUCAGGGGGCAUGGACUCCAAAAGCCUGCCCAGCAGCAGUCCCCAGGAAGGUGCCGGAUCGCACGAUGGGAGUAAUCCCACUGGGACGCCUGGUAGCCAGGCUCCCAACCAGCCUCCCAGUGCUGGCCCACAGCAGGGCUUCCCUUCCCUUGAUCUGCCCAAAGGAGCAGAUGUUAAGUUAACCGCCCAGCACCAGCAGCAGCUAGCUCAUGAAAUCAUGUCCAGCAUGGGGGACAACCCUGAGGGUCUCUCCCAGGAGCAGUUGGAGCACCGGGAACGUUCCCUACAGACGUUACGCGACAUCCAACGGAUGCUCUUCCCAGAUGACAAAGAUAUGGCCGCCAUGGGGCAAGGGAACAUGGGCGGGCCACCACCCAAUGCUGCUAUGAUGGAGGGUGGGCCCAAGAAGCCUGAGCAAGGGCCUCUUCAGGCUAUGAUGGCCCAGUCCCAGAGCUUGGGGAAAGCUGGUGGCCCUGGCGGUCCUCGCCCCGAUGGACCUCCCUUCGGGCCACCAGGUCCCAGGGACAUGCCGUUUUCCCCGGAUGAGCUUGGGCCUCCUCCUCAAGGUCCGGGUCCCAUGAAUUCACAUCAAGGACCUGGUGGUGAGCACGGUGACCACAUGACACCAGAGCAGAUGGCCUGGCUCAAGCUACAGCAGGAGUUCUACGAGGAGAAAAAGCGCAAGCAGGAACAAAUGCAGCACAGGCCAAUGGGAGACAUGAUGAUGCACCAGGCUGGCCCAAGGGGCAUGAUGCGAGGGCCACCGCCCCCCUACCAAAUGAAUCCUGGCGAAAUGUGGGGUCCCGGUGGCCCGGAGCCAUUCCCUGAGCAGAUGAACAUGGGGCCUAGAGGAAUGCACCCGCACAUGCAAAGAAUGCCAGGUUUUUCUGGAAUGAUGAACCCUGAUAUGGAGGGAGGACCUAACCCAAUGCCAAGGCCUGGCAUGAACUGGCCUGAUGAUAUUCCCAAGAUGGGGGAUGGAAGGGGAUUCCCACCAGCUCAGGGAAUGUUUGGAGGUCCAGGUGGGCGAGUGGAGCGGUUCCCUAACCCUCAGUCAGUACAGGAAGCCAUGUUCCAUCAAGGUAUGGGUGACAAGCAAGGUAUGGGAAUACCCCCAGGCAUGAUGAUGGAAAUGAACAGGAUGAUGGGGAACCAAAGACCAAUGGAACCUGGAAAUGGAGGUGGUAUGAUGUUUCCUAGAAUGCCAGGCGAAGGUCCUAUGAGCCCCUCUUCAAGGAUGGAGUUUGUGAAAGGGCUGGGACGUGACAUGGCUGAGUUUGGAAUGGCGCCGGGCAACCUCAACGUCAAUAUGGGGCCCAAUCCUCAGAUGAUGCCCUCCAAGAUGAGAGAACCACCAAUGAAUUUGAGUCCAGAAGAGAUCAUGAAAAUUAGGCAAGGUGGAGGUCCCAUGCCUGAGAACAUGGGGCCACAGCAGAAGAUGAUGCAAGGGCCUCCCUUUCCUGACCAGCCUCACCCAGGUGACUUCAACAUGGGACCCAACCGUCAGUUCCCAGGCAUGGUUCCGCAAGGACCUGGAAAUCAAAGAGGUCCCAGGGGUGAGCCCCCCUUCGCCCCUGACCAGCGAGGAGGCAACGUGGGUGGCAACGGUCGCCUCAGCCACAUGCCACCUCUAGCCCCCAACCAACCUCCCAACAACUCAGGUCCUCCGCCCAACCAGAGGAGCAUGGGUCGCAAACCCUCAGACCUGAGCGUCCAGUCUGGCCCAGCCAACUCGCCUAACGUCAACCCUCUCAAGUCUCCGACGCUGCGGCAAGUGCAGUCACCCAUGUUGGGCUCCCCUUCGGGCAACCUCAAGUCCCCGCAGACCCCCUCGCAGCUGGCCGGCAUGCUCAGCGGACCUUCCGCGGUGGCGGCGGCCGCGGCGGCCGCGGCCGCUUCCAUCAAGUCCCCUCCGAUGAUGGGUUCAGCGGGGGCAUCCCCUGUCCAUAUGAAGUCCCCCUCGCUCCCUGCCCCUUCCCCUAGCUGGACGUCAUCGCCCAAGCCACCCAUGCAGAGUCCAGGGAUUCCCCAAAACAACAAACCUCCGCUUAGCAUGACCUCGCCAAAUAUGAUGGGCAGCGUGGAGCAAGGUGGAAACGCUCCACCCUCGGCUCCUCCCUCCAGUAGUUCUGCCAGCCAGCCUGGAUCGAUCAAUGUUCCGGGAAGUCUUCCAUCCAGCAGCCCUUACACCAUGCCCCCAGAGCCGACGCUAUCCCAGAACCCUCUCUCCAUCAUGAUGUCACGGAUGUCCAAGUUUGCCAUGCCCAGCUCCACGCCGCUUUACCACGACGCCAUCAAAACUGUGGCCAGCUCAGACGACGACUCGCCACCCGCGCGAUCGCCAAACCUACCGCCCAUGAACAAUAAUAUGCCUGGUAUGGGCGUGAACCAUCACCAAGGCCAUCCACGCAUGAUGAACCCCAACGCCUCAGGCCCCAUGCCUUCCCUCAGCCCCAUGGGCAUGAACACCAUGGGAUCUCAGCCUCUGUCUCACGGUAUGCCCAACCAGAUGCCCUCCCCAAACCCCAUGGGCCCCAACAUCCCGCCUCACUCUGGGCCCAUGGGUCCUGGCAUGAUGUCCCACGGCAUGAUGAUGCCCCCUGUCUCCCAAGACCCAGGCAUGGGCAACAGCCAGAUGAUGCCCCAGGGUCGUAUGGGCCUCCCUCACCGAGGGCAGGGCUUCCCUCCCGGGCAGUCUCCUCCACAGCAGGUGCCCUUCCCGCACAACGGUCCAGGGCCACAGGGGGGUUUCCCUCAUGGCAUGGGCUUCCAGGGAGAGGGAGGCCCGAUGGGGAGGAUGGCAAACAUGCCCCACGGACCUGGGGGGGAGCCGGGGAUGUGCAAACCCAACACGCCCGGGGGCCAGGAGUUUAACAGCAUGCCGGGCGUCUUCAACGACUCGGAUCUCCACGAGGUGAUGCGGCCGGGCGCCUCGGGCAUCCCCGAGUUCGACCUCUCGCGCAUCAUCCCUUCGGAGAAACCCAGCCAGACUCUGUCCUACUUCCCCCGUGGUGGGGAUGCGCCUGGCGGGAAGCCGCCCCACUCUUCCGGCCCGCCCGGCUUCCCCACCAUGCAGGGGAUGAUGGGUGAGGGCAACCCCAGAAUGGGCCUUCCCAUGCAGGGCAUGGGAGGACCCCCAGGCCCCGGCCACAUCGGGCCCCAGGACAUACCCAUGGGGAACCCUGGCCACAAUCCCAUGCGACCACCGAGCUUCAUGGGCCAGGGCAUGAUGGGACCCCAGCACAGGAUGCUGUCACCGGGUCAGCAACCGGGCAUGAUGGCAGGCCCAGGGAUGAUGCAGGGCAAGGAAAGGCCCAUGUACAAUCACCCUGGCCCUGUGGGCUCUCCCAACAUGAUGAUGUCAUUACAAGGGAUGGGUGGCCCUCAGCAGACUAUGAUGAUGGCUCCACAGAUGAGGCCCCGGGGCAUGACUGCGGACAUGGCGAUGGGUUUUAACCCAGGCCCUGGGAACCCUGGGAAUAUAAUGUUCUGAGCUGCUGCAAGCAACCCACAAAAGCCUCCACCGCAAAAUCGCAAACAGUACGGAUCCUGCGAAACCUGUGAAAAAAAAUAAGGACAUUUUAAAACAAAAAGAGCCGUGUGUUUUCUCGUACAAAAGUGUGUGUGGGAACUGGG